CGACGGCUUCUUUGGAUCCAGGUCCGGGAAGGUCCGGCCGGGUCAAGAGGUGCUAGUCGGAGCUUGAUCGGAGGCAUCUGCGGCUAAAUCCAAACCGUGGCCUGGACUUUCAUUUCUAGACCUGGAUUGUCAUCCUAAUGAGAAAUACAAUAUAAAAAUGUGUUUGACUGUGUUUCUCUGAUGUUGUCAUGAGUAAUAACAUCCUAGUUUGAUCUCCAGUGGAAACUUUGCAAGUGUCGCAAGCAAUGCUGAGGCACGCGAGCUCCUAUUUGGCCCGCAGUCAUCGUAUUUUGCCAGCCGGACCGCAAAAGGUUUUCCGGAAAGUAAAAAAACAAAACAUCUGGUGCGCCCUCAUUGGCUCCGUCCCCCGCGGGGGCAGCGGUGAUGCAUGUUUGGACACCUCACGUGUAGGGAAAAGACGGCAGAAUCCUCAAUGAAUUCUUUGGCUCGCCACCUCAGACAGCCACCGUGAAUAAUACGGCGCCGUCAUCAUCAUGGUUUUGAGUCAGUGGCUGCGGGGCGGGCUCAGGCGCACUACAAAUAGCAGCCCCCCUCUGCUGCCACUUUCACUCUCCCGCACUCCUGCUCUUGUCUCCGAUUCUCUGGAAGUCUGCAAGGAAACUUCAACUCAUCGCCGUCAUGUUGAGAAACAACGUUGUCUUCUCCUGUUUUGUUUUCUACGCCGUGGUGCUGCUCCUCAAAAUGUACCUGCUGGCCUUCGUCACCGGACAAGUCAGGCUGCGCAAGAAGGUGAGUGAGUGAGUGAGUGAGUGAGUGAGUGACUGAGUGAGGCUCUCUAUGGAUGGAUGGAUGGAACGAAAGGUUUGCGGAUGUCUGGACGAAUGGACAUGUGAGCGAAUGCUCAAUCUGUCCCGGAACUUUCCUGACGCUUGUGUUCUUUUGUUGCAAAUGGAAGGCUUUCGCCAACCCGGAAGACGCAAUGAGGCACGGAGGAGCGCAAUAUCACAGGCUGGACCCCGACGUGGAACGAUGCCGUCGAGCUCACCGGAACGACAUGGAGAACAUCUUCCCCUUUCUGUUCCUGGGCGCCAUCUACUCCAUGACGGGCCCGUCCCUGGCGACGGCCCGCCUCCACUUUGUGGCCUUCACGGCGGCCCGCGUGCUGCACAGCGUGGCUUACCUGGCCGCUCUGCCGGCGCCCACCCGCUCGCUGGCCUACGUGGCGGCGCAGGUGCCCUGCCUGUCCAUGGCGCUGCAGAUCCUGGCGGCGGUGGGCGCCUACGCGUAGCCGCGCCGGCCCGACUCUUUCUCGAAGGUGGCGGACGACGGUUUCCCCCGAGCUGCUCCUUCUCAGCAACCUGGAAGGCGACAUCCAAAAGAUGGAGUUGUCUCGUUCGUAACGAUUCAUAGACAUGAGGUGACGCCAUUUAUGAUGGAAACCUUUUUGGGGAAGCCCGCACUGUAACCCUGGCGCACGUUUACACACAAACAUUUGGUCUGUUUGUUGUGACAGCAUCAAGGAUGGGGGUCACGUUGGCUCCUUUGACCCAUUUGUAUUUUUCUCUACUUGAAAACUCGAAGGAAGCUGAAUAUUUUGUUCUAUUUAUUUAUUAUUUAACAUUUAGGUCGUUUUUGUGCAAGUUGAAAAAUAAAAGCUGAGAAAGCGGACACGUGUUGAGAAUGGC